AAAUCAAACAAAAGUAUUAACCUAUAAUUUUCCAGGUGGAAUAAAAAUUGUCUUUCCACCAGAAAAGGGCAUUCGUUAAAAGUCUUAAAAAAUGUAUAAUCCACAAAUACAAUUAAAACUAAAUUUGGUUGGAUUAAAGAUUUACAACAGAGUAGCUUUCAAUCAAAGAGUCUAACAUAAUCUGGACAAUAGAAAUCACAGCCAAUUGUAUUUGAAUUGGGAUUAAAGGCUUGAUUUAAUACAAAUCACCAAAUGUCCAUUCCCCGAUGACCACAGUCUCACACUGGUCAAGAACAUCUUCAAAGCAGUGUUGUGCUGACAGUGUUUUGUUUUGUUUAAUUAUCAAGAAAAAAAUUUAAGAAAAUGUCAAAUCUUCAAUUAUGGAUGUUAUCUCUGAGAGAAAAAGGGAAACAUUUGGAGCUUGAUUUCUCUAUUUGGACUGUGAAUUCUAUGUUUUAAGGAGUUGUUUUCAAUUAUUGAAUGCAAAGAUGGGAGACCAGGAUGAAUUCCAAGUUGUUGUUAAACAACAAGGGAACUUCUUUAUCAUGGACUCUGAGCAGCUCGUGUCCAAUCCAUUCCAGGAAAUGCAACAUGAAGCCAUGGAGAACCAGAAAAAGUCUUCGCUCACCGAGAGGCUGGUCAGUGUCAAAAACAAUGUCUGCGAAAAGCACUUCCUAAUGAAGGCCGAGAAACUCAACAAGGAACUUUCACAGAAUAUGAAAAAGAUUCAUGAAAAUUCUAGUGAACUUCGUUACCAAGUCAAGCUAUAUGACAUCAAUAAACGAAAAAUUGAUCUGGAAACCAAACAACGCAUGCAACCAAGGAAAGAUUUUUCGUAUGAUGCUUUUCAGAUUGAAAAUUCUGAAAAAAGACUUGGUGUAUUAAGUGACUGUUAUUACUUGGAAAGAAAACAAAAAUUCCCAAUUCGUGGAAGGAGUAUGAAUGAUCUAAAUGCUACACCUACAGUGUCCAAGGCACGGAAUAUGUUACGCCAACAAGAAAAGGAGGAUCGCGAAGAGGAGAGUAAUUCUUUUGCUACCACACGACUUUCAACCCCUGGAAAUUUCUCAUUUAGUUCUAACAAAACCUCAGUUUAUCAGAGAAGGGGAUCUAAAUCUGCUCCUGUCUCAAAAAUGUCUGCCUCUGUUCGAGGAACAUUAAAUAGUCGUGAUGGAGAAUUUGCCAAACUUCCUUCCAUUGAAAGACAGAAAACAAAGGAUUCGCAUGUAAAGUUUAGGGAGAAUGUGCGUACAUCUACCCCCGACAGACUUGUUAGACCCCACACACACGGUCCCAGCAUAACUCGUCGACUCAAUGCAUGGGACAGUGAUGAUGAUGAUGACUUUGGUUCAACAGAUUACAUCAAUCUAAGACAACUUCUCUUUGGUACUGACAGUAAAACCACAUCAAAUGCCUCCAACGGAACUCCCAGAACAUUAACUCGUGAAAGCUCAAGAUCUGUGCCAAAUCUCAGGCGAGCAGGUAAAAUGACUCAAGAAUCUCUUAAAUUGGAAAGAAAAGAGAUUGAUAAAAAAAUCAACAAGUUUUUUGAAAGCUUGAAAGAUGAAGAAUCUAGUGAGGAGAGUGAGGAAGAGCCAGAACCGGAGCCAAAGAAAGAGGCGCCAUCAAUAGCCAAGGCGGCCACACUCCUCAGUAUCUUCUCCAAACCUGCUCAAGUGGAGGAAAACCCAUUCCUCCGGGCCAAGAUUGAAAAAGAAUUAAGUAAGGAAGUUCAGAUAGGUGACAUUGGCCGGUCAGGCACUGCUCUCUCUACCUACUCCAACAAAUCUGGCCAAGAGGAAAAGUCGCAGAAGAAGAAAAAUCUGUGGAAAUUCAUCAAGUCUAAUGUGGAAACUGGCAAUAUAAAGCGCUGCAGUACUCCUAGCAAGAUCAUACUUCAGCAGAUGACACAUCUCGAUCUCAGCCAUAACGAGAUUUCUAAAGUGCCUCUACACUCGGCUGGUCGAGCCCUCAGACAUACUCCAACAUUCAAAAUGAGGAAAGUGGUAGAAAAACUGAUGAAAAGCCGAACCAAAUUUCAGCAACAGGAAGUAGACUUUCUUAGGCAGCAGUUGGAGCUGGGUGAGAAUAUCUCGGACAUGCCUUCCCAGGCAAUACCCACUGUUCAGUCGGUAGUUUAAUAACAAUUUAUAAAACAAGAGAAAAUUUAAUUGUGAACUUGUUUACAGAGAUUCAAAUGGAUUAUUACUGAGAAAUUUGUUGAUCUGUUGGAUGCUGAGCAUGUGUUGUGUUCUGGACUGUGUCAAACUUCAGUCUUUUGUUUUUAUAGGAUUUACUUUGAUAUAAUCUGGAAUUACCAUUUGACCGAUAUCUGUGAAUUGAUAUAAUGGAUAUCUUCGUUAUAUAGCUCUUUAGAUUUUACAUGAGGAACUAACAUCUUACUCUAACUUUAUCAGCUCUUAGAGAUAUAUUUAAAUCCAAUAGUUCCCAAUGUACGAAAGUAGGGUAUUGUUCUUCAAUAGACAACAUGUACAAGUAUUAUUAUCUAACCAUUUACAGUGUGCCAACAUGUACAUGUAUCUAUAUGGAUAUAAAUGUGUGAAAAAGAGAUAUUCUCAAUAUUUAUCAAUUUUGAUCUAUUACAAAGGUUUUGAUGGAGCGUAAGUAAUACAUACAUUAAGGUUUUUUUUAUCGAGCAUUCAUAUACACUUAUCCACAUAUCAGAUGUAAUAAUUAAGCUAUUAAAAGUUUGAAUUUACUGCUUUUUAUAUAAACUGUAUCACUUAAUAUUCCCUUAAGUUAUAUUCUACAUCUCAAACCACUCAACAAAAGUUUAUAUCAAAUGAACAAUGCUCACAGUAAACUCAUUUUAAUAAGCUGUUACUGGGUUACAAUGCAUGAAGCUCAUGUUGAGGUGUCUGCAUGUAUAGCUGCAGUGAUUCUUGGAUUUUGUGCAAGAAUGAUUUGUAGAGAGGUCUAUCCGUUUUAUAUCAGUUUUAUUGACUGUAAUAUCAACAUUGAAAUAAAAGAAAACUGAAAGAAAAAAAACGGAAUGGUUUUCCAGAUUUUUAUUUUUAGCAAUUACCAAUAAUGCCUGUCAGGACAAGACAAAUAAAGAACACAUUAUUAGUCAAUUCUGAAGGUUCUACAUUUUGCAAUAAGAUUUAUUGUAACAUUAAUGGUACGUCAACAAUUGCCAGUAUGAAAACCAAGAGUUAAUUGCAAACUUGAAAUGGCCUCUAAAGAUCAGAAAGUUUAAUUACUAAACAAUUAAAUGCUUGUAUUUCAAAGUAAAACCAAGUGAGUCAUUUGUUGGCUAAUUCCCCAGAGACAUCAAUAAUUCUCAAACAGAGGGAUUAACAGUACAGUGUGGCUAUAUCCAACUGGAGUACAGGUGUUAUUGAGACAAGUUAUAAGUAGCUUACAGGUAGUAUACAGUCUGCUGUCACCAACGCUGGUCUCUGAUACUGCAUGCAUGUCUACAUGUCUACUGCCACAGAUUACAGUACAUUUCCCAUAGUCAGCUAAUUAGUAAUUACUGUGUGAUGUACUCUUCCUAAGUUCUUGCCAUUCAAGUUCCAAAUCCACCAUCACUCCUUCUAUUGAAUCCUAAUCAUUUUGAUUCAGUGAAAGUCCCUUUUUUAACCCCCCCCCCCCCCCCCUCCUUCCAAUUAUCUUUUUGGCUGGUAUUUGUAAUUUGCUUGCUUGGCACAUUUUACUGUACCAAAACCAUCUUCUUGCCAUGAUGCAAGAGUACCCAUAAAAAUGGACAUACCAUAUUUAUUUAUCAAAACAAAGAAUUUCAAUUAAAAUUGUGUGAAUUUUCUUAAAUUAGUCAUUAAUUCCUUCAAUAUUAAUUUUGGGACUUAGAGAUUUAAUUAUUAUUAUUGAAUGACAAAAUAGUGUCUUUAGAUACACUAAUCAUUAUAUUAAGUCAUGGUGAAGUCUUUUCUGAUUCUACAACACAAUUUGUUGUUAUGGACCCAAAACAUUGGAAUCCCCAACUGAAGGAACGUAGGCUUGAAUCGACAAUUCACCGAGUGCAGAUAAUCCAGGUCCUAUUCUGAUUAAAAGCCACUUGGUGAGGUGAUCUCAGACAUUUAAAUACAAGUUAAAUGCUUGAAUCGGAAUCAUGUCCUCAGUCAACCAAUAAAGUCUGACCAUAAAUACAAACAAUGGUUGACUGGUAAGAUUGGAGUCCGAUACUGUCACGGCAUAAUCUGUCUUGAUUCUGAACGAUAUCCUGGUCCAUGAUUGGCCAUCACACUUAACUGUCAGUCGUCUGAAAUAAUUGGUCAUAAAAAGAGCUAGGGAAUGCCAAUAUUAUGACUUUGCAUGUUUCUUCUUUGGAAGUGAGACAAUCUUGAACAAUUCAUCUAGCAAUUUCUGAAGUCACCAUAACGUCAGAGUAAAUAUCGAACACAAGAUCACCGGUCAAAUGACAGAACAUGCAUCACACAGACCAGAACUUGAGUGUUACAUGCACUUUAUGCAUGCUUGAUUAUACAGUUACAGUAAUUAGGUUCGAUUACUUCAUCAAUUUGAAACACUUGCUUUGACUUCAUUUUCCUCUCAUAAAAGCUGUACAAACAGUUUUUUCUAAUAAUUACAUUUUUGGUUUUCACCAUUUGCUAUGGUAUUUUUUCUCUCUUAAUAUCAGAAGAGAAACACAAAAGAACAACAAACAACUAUAUAUGAUAUUAGUCAAAUUUGGCCCCCAUAAUUUGCUAAUUUUAAAGUGAUUCAGGUACAUUAAUUUGUUGUGUUAUUUUAUAAAUGAGUUGACAUAAAAUAUGUUUUUCACCUAUUUAUUUCAUUUAUAUGCACUCACUGGCAGUAUAUGACUUCAGAAGUGACGCUAUUUUUAUAAUUCAA